AUGUCUAAAGUUAACACACUCCAACCCCAAAAGGCAAAGGAGCCACAGCAGAAACAACAGCAGUCGAAGAAAGAAAAAGGGUCCAACAACACCGGACAACCACCGAGCGUGCCCGCAAAAGACCUGUUCCACCGACUCAACUAUUCCCUGCAAGCUUCAGUCUUCCUUCAGUCCCUAGGAGAGUCAUCUGGGAGCUGUCAACAAGAUGGCGGAAGAGAGGUGAAUGUGGUGAAAGACAGGAAGGGCAAGCGGCGAGCUGUCGAAAAUCCUUCCAGCAGCGAAGAAGGCUUCCGCAAGCUCGCGAGGAUUGGAAUGAGGGAAAGCAAUACCAUGGUUGUACAUAACCAGCUGAAACUGGAUCCAUCGUUCAAACGAGCCAUAUGUAAAGGCUGUUCUGCCGUACUGGUACCGGGUCUAACGUGCCGGGUUCGAAAUAGAGCCAACAAGAACACCUUCUCCAUCGCGCACCAGACUUGCCUCACCUGCUCUACCCGUCUCUCCAUCCCAGCUCCUCCUACGUCCCUCUCCUCCGCCUCUCGCUUGUCGUCCUCGGUCCCAGCGGACCCUUCAGCACCCAGUCACACUGUAGAGGACUCCUUGGGUGAUCCACUGGAUGGCCCGAUCAGAGCUGCGAGGAGACAGAAGGCAGCCAAAAGGAGAAAGGCUCCAUUCCACCAGCUUGAGGGAGCGGACAACGUGUUCGAUGGGAGAAAAGGCCAUGUCUUGUGGAAGGGCGAAGAAAAAGUGGAAGGCUGGGGAAUACAAGUUCCCAGACAUGAAGCAGCAUAA